AUGUCGAAAGAUCUUGUCAAUGGGCCACAGUUUUACGAGCCGUUGGCGACAAUUGAGCCUCUGCAAUUCCAGCUAUUAAACUCGGAAAAACUCGCCACUGCAUUUCCGAUUUACUCUGCCAAAGAUGUUCCCGACUCUCUCAUUGACUACAUGCAUGUUGCAUUCAACAAGGAGAUUGAAGCUGGCCAAACAUAUCCGAAUCUGAAACAGCUUACCAGAGAUGAGUUUCUGAAAUUGUGGUUUUUCUCUUUCUGCGCCAUUGUUCUGAAGACUGAUCAAACCGAAAUCGACCCUAGCUGGACUAACUGGGAUGAUUUGUUUCUUGGAACGUUUUACGUUAAGCCCAACUACAUUGGAAGAUGUUCUCACAACUGCAAUGCUGGAUUCCUCGUUAAUACUUGUCAACGGGGCCAGAAAAUCGGCUUUCGUUUGGGACAGCUGUACUUGAAAUGGGCUCCUCUACUGGGAUACAAAUACUCGGUAUUCAACCUUGUCUUUAUUACGAACCCGGGCAGUUGGAAGAUCUGGGAUAAACUAAAAUUUGAUAGAAUCGGAUAUAUUCCCAAAGUCGCGAUUUUGAAAGGAUAUGACGAGCCCGUAGAUGCGAUAAUGUUUGGGAAAGACUUGACAAGCACCGACAGUGCUCUUCUAGCUGGCCUUCAGUGA